CGCAAUGUAGUCCCUCGGCUAUCCUCGACGCGGGAGCAUCGCCGUUUCGAAAGAGCCGCGACCUUCUCCCCGUCGCGCGCCUCCGUUUCCCGUAUUUCCCGUUGACAGUGGUGCUAACAAGAAGGGGCCUGAAGUUCGCGCGAGAAGGGCCCGCUCGCUCGCUCAAGGAGAGACGUCUCUCUCUGUCACGAACCCUUUCCCCCAAGGGACCGCGGAAUCGCAUAGCAACGACAUGAAAACGCAACCCCGCGGACUCGGUGUCCGCGCUACCUUUCGAAAUCGUUGACGGAAUCAUCGUGCGUGCCUGCGUGCUCCUACAAUCUCUCUUUUUUUUCUUCGAGGCGGUUUUAUCUCAUCUGGAUCUUCUCCCGAACAUCUUUCAGAGCUGUUCACGCGCGUACUCCGCGAACAAAAUAACGCGACGCGAGAAAGUGCGUGACGCGGAGUGCGUGGAGUACCCUUGAAACUCUUGUGGGGGUCUGCUCUUCGUAGGAUCAUGUUCACGACCCUCCGCGGUCUUGUGAUAGUAUAGUGAUACCACAGUGAAGCGAUGUAGACGCAGAGACUGUGUCGGGUGGAUGGUCAAGUCGGAGGCUACCUCGGCGGGAUUUCGAUCAGCCAACGAGCCAUCUGCGCGGUUCGAUCAGGAUUGCCGCGAGAUCAGAGUGGAGAACACGGGUUACGUCAAAGAGUUGUUGAGUGUUAUUUCCUGGAUAAUAUCCGUACGUUUUCUUAUCGCGGUGAUACUUGAGUAACUGCCCAGCAAUAAAUACUUCACUGCCCGUUUGGGAAAAUACAAGAAAAUUUAUUAAAAAAGACAACGUUUUUCACGGUUGUAAAAGAUAUUGAUAGAUCAACGCGAGUCUUCAAGAUCGCUCGAAUCUCGUUGCGAAUUCCGUCCUGCCGUAUUUCAUCGUUGUGGGUGAAUUCUACGCGAAGCAUGUUCAGCUUUAUGACAGAAGCAUCGCUCUCAAACGACAUUUAAGGACAUCGUCGACUCGCGAGAUCUCUUGAGAGAAUCUGCGUUUAAUUGCCGGCGGCAAUAUCGGACGUGUAGAGGCGCGUCGCAGAAGAGGAACAGACGGUGAGGGAGAAGUCUCAGUGGAAAGAGCUGCAUCCGCGCGGACCAGCACGGGCAGUUGUGCGGCAGGGUUGGCGACGGCUGAUGGAGAGAUGUUAAAGUUAAAAGCCACUCAUAAAGCGCGUCGUCUCGUGGGUGGCGCGACGUUGCCUCUGUAUAAACGGAACUUAUUGUUUAUUUCGACCGCGACACGGACGAUGCGAAAUUGAAAAACCGGCAAAGAUCCACGGAGAAAUUCUUCCUUGUCGACGCACGACGGAGAACGUUCUGCAUACAGCGCGAACGGACCGCGAUCGCGAAAACGAGCAAUUUAUAUUGAUCGCCGAGCAACAACUAUAAAAGAACAAAAGGUAAAGGAAGUGGAGCUCCUUCGAGCUCCUCCAUUUGUUGUUACCAUCGAAGCGCGCGUUCGAAGUCGAUCUUUCGAAGGAGAGAGAUUGCACGAGUCCGGAAAAGUACGCGGACGCGGGGAAAAUAAUUGUGACGGAAUGAUCGAUGGAACGUCCGGCGUAUCGCGUAGAUUGCAUUAAUAACGACGAACGGCUUAAUGUACGGCGGGCGAUCUUACGGUCGCCGAUGUAGCAGUGAAAAGCAGGAAAACGCCACUUAAGUGUUGAUACACCGAAUUUCCGCUUCGAUCAAUAUGGAUCAUGGAACAAUGGGGAGUGAUGCCAGUCAAAAUAGUGAGCGAUAACGAUGACGUCGUGUGGAUCGCUUGAGUGCGCGUAAGGCCGAUAACGGUUAAAGUUGAACAUUAAUGCGACUGACGUCAGCGCACCGCGAUGUGAGAAGCAAACCGAAUCACCAGUGAUUCGUGAGCAACGACCCUCGACGGCCGAGCGCGAAUUAUUUAAUAUUCAAACAAACUGCCGAAUUAAUUAUUAGAAGCUCAUUUUCUGCGGCUAGGAUAACCCAAUGCGGAUACGUGACUCACGAGAACGCAUUACGAUUUCGCGUUGCGCCAUCAACGACGUUGCAUCGUAAUUAGGAGGAUGCGGAAUUGUCGCGGAGUCGUUUCGUGAUGAUGAGCGAAUUAUCGAGAUCUGCCGCCCGCCCGUGUUCGCAGAUUUAAUGCAAUUUCGAGCUCGAGAACUAAUUGAGCAUAGCGCCACGCAGUUCGCGCGACGAAUAUAAUAAAGUGAGAGGAGACUUUAUGUGUUCAUUCGCGAGUGGCCGUGCUGCUGUGGAUCUACGAGUGAUGUAAGGUGGUGCUGCUAUCCGCUUCGAUCGCGAGUACGUGGGAUGCCACACGUUCGCCGAUGCAUCGAACGUGCGAAUAGCGGAUCUAUCUGUUCGUUGUCCGAUUAGCGUUUCCUGAAAACGACUGAGAUGCGUCUGAGAUAGUAUAUCAGUAUGUGAAUGAACCACGCCGGGGAAAAGCGAUGUCUACUUCUCUUCCCAUACUCGUCUGUUUUAUAAUUUGUUUUGGUGGUAUAGCGUCAUGCCUACGAAACUUUCGGACCGACUUCCUGGAGGAAUGGCCGACCCCAGGCACUGGGCCUCACUUCGACACCUCUAUGCAAUCGAACUUCACCGGCCUGGUGGGAAAGACGGUGCAUCUCGUGUGCAAGGUGAAGAACUUGGGGAACCGAACGGUUUCCUGGGUAAGGCACCGAGAUAUACAUUUACUGACGGUUGGUCGUUACACGUACACCAGCGACCAACGUUUCGAGGCACUACAUUCCCCUCAUACAGAGGACUGGACCUUGAGGAUACGAUAUCCUCAGCGCAAGGACUCCGGGAUUUACGAGUGCCAAAUAUCAACGACCCCGCCCAUCGGCCAUCCCGUGUACCUAACGAUAGUCGAGCCGAUAACCAUUAUAGUUGGAGCGCCGGAUCUCUUCGUCAAUAAGGGCAGCACCAUCAACCUGACAUGCGUCGUAAAAUACGCCCCCGAGCCACCCCCGUCGAUGACUUGGAGUCAUAACGCGGAGAUCAUCAAUUUUGAUUCGCCGCGUGGUGGCAUCAGCCUCGUCACGGAAAAGGGUCCGGAAACAACGAGUCGUCUGAUGAUUCAGAAAGCUGUGCCGAGCGACUCCGGCAUUUAUAGAUGCGAGCCGAGCAACGCGAAUCCCAGUAGCAUAAAAGUGCACGUUGUUAACGAGGAACAUCCAGCCGCGAUGCACCACGGGGACGGGAGCUCAUCGUACAGCAAGACACGGCCGAUUUGUUUUAUAAUUUUAGUGAUAGUUAAUAUAAUGUUUAUAUAAGACGAGAGAAAUACGGAAAAAUACACACCCCGACACGAUAAAACGAGAAGCGCGUACAUCGCGAAUUGCCUACUUAACGUCGUUAACGUUUCUUGGGUAAAUGUUUGUGCAGGGUAAAACCGAACGUUACCAUUUACAUUGAAAAAAGCAUUCUGAAAAAAAUACCAAGAAAAACGAAACUUCCGUGACCAAAAAGUUUUCAGAUAUCAGCACGGCACAAUAAUCGGUAAGAGCGUAGUAUUUUGUUAAUGUAUAUCAUCAAGAACGAAUAACAUACGACGUCAAAAUUUAUUGUAUUAUUUGUAAAUAAAUUUAUUGUAUGUACAUAUCAAUAAAACGAUUGUCUUUA